AUGGCUCGCCGCGGGGAUACGCGCUCACCAUCACCUGUAGGCAGCACAUAUUCUUCGUCCAGACGAAGUCGCAGAGAUGAGGACCGAUACGAGAGAAAUGGACGUGAUGAGGGGAGGUCACACCGUCGAUCACGCAGCCCUGAUGUAAGUCUAUGCCAACACCAGUCCUACGGCUAUCAAAUGGCAUACCGCGAUGUCAAUCUAACACAAAGUCUACAACAUCAGAGACGAUAUCGGGAUAGAGAGAGAGAUCGUGAUCGCGACGGCUAUCGGCGACGAGAUCGGUCGGUAGAUAGACGGGAUCGGAAUGGCUACCGGGAUGAACAAAGCUACAGGUCAACCAAACGAGACCGUUCGCGUGACCGACGACGCUCGCCAGACCGACGCUCUGAUCGGGACUAUCGACGGAGGAGCAGGGAACGGGACAGAAGUCGUGAAAAAGAUAAUCGGAGUAGGCGAGAUGACUCCCGCGACCGAGUCCGAAGGCACAGAGACGAUUCUACUGACUCGAGGCGAAAGUCCAGAAGAGACAGCAGAGACAGGUCUUUGAACAGAGACUCCGAUGUAAGGUCACGAGAGGCAUCCAAAACUCCGGCCCCCGCUCCAGUUGCUCAGACAGACCAGGAGAAAAAGGCUGAGCGGCUUGCCAAACUGGAAGCAUGGAAACAAAAACAAGCAGCCGAACGCGAGCGCAAACAACGCGAGCUUGCUGCCGCUGGUGGUGCUCACAGUAUUUUGAAUGAGAUCGACAAGAGAUCAGAGCUUGCCACAGGUGCCCCUGCCCCUAUAUCUCCCAGUACGCCAACUUCGACAGUUGAUUAUGGUGGGAAGUUUGACCCCAGAGCGAUCGCAAAAAAGUCUACCGGUGCUGCGACAGGACCAUCUCUCUUGGGCAAGGACGUCGCUGUUCCUGAUUCUGCUAAAGCUGAUGGUAUAACCAAGGCUAACAAAAUCCCAGUUGCUUCUAGCAAGGCUUCCGGUAAGUGUUUCUACUUUGGCGAAUUUGUUGAAAUCACUGGUUUUAACGCAAUGUUUUCAGUGGUUCCUUUGAAGGCAAGCGGAAAUGUUGGCAAGUUUGGGUUUGGUAAUAAAACCGCCAUCGAAUCCGAAAAAUCUUCCGCCAAGCGUACUUUAGAUUUCGGCGAAGAGGAGUCCACUCGCAAGAAGCUUGAGAAACUGCCUAGCCUUCCACUCGAAGAUGCAAAGGAUACUCCCGACGAUGUGGUUGUGGAAGAUGAUGAUUCCGAUGUAGAUAUGGAGACUGGCACAGAAGAAGAAAACGCAGCAGCGGCGCGAGCAGCCGCGGAGAAGCGAGAGGAACGUCUGCAGAGUCAACAAACUUCUCAAAGCAUUGAGCCUAACGGUGAUGUCGAAAUGGGUGAUGCAGUACCUACAGAGCCGACAGAUAACGGCAUGGCCGUCGAAAAUGCCGAUGAAGAGGAAAUAGAUCCUUUGGAUGCUUUUAUGUCUGGUUUGACAGAAGCAGCUCCUUCCAAGAAAACAAGUAUAGUCAAGUCGGCUAAAAGCAAGCAGCAGCAGCCGCAAGCUAUAUUCGGUGACGAAGAUGAGGUGGAUAUGUCAGCUGUGGCUGAGGGUGACACGGAUGAUUUCCUCGCGAUAGCCAACAAGGUCAAGAAGAAGAAAGAUAUUCCCGCCGUCAAUCACGCAAAGGUUGAAUAUGAGCAAUUUCGGAAAAGCUUCUAUACCGAGCCCCUUGAUUUGGCCGAGAUGACCGAAGAAGAAGUAGCUAAUUUGAGGCUCGAACUUGAUGGCAUCAAGGUUCGUGGAGUUGACCCGCCCAAGCCGAUUCUGAAAUGGUCUCAAUGUGGUCUUGGUGUACAGACAUUGGACGUGAUUGGUAAGCUUGGCUAUGAAAACCCAACUUCAAUCCAGAGCCAGGCUCUUCCUGCUAUCAUGUCCGGAAGAGACGUCAUUGGUGUUGCUAAAACAGGAUCUGGAAAAACCGUUUCUUUCCUCCUACCUAUGUUUCGUCAUAUUAAAGACCAACGUCCACUGGAAAAUAUGGAAGGCCCGAUCAGUCUCAUCAUGACGCCUACGAGAGAAUUAGCAACCCAAAUUCACAAGGAUUGCAAGCCUUUCUUAAAAGCACUGAACCUCCGUGCUGUAUGUGCUUACGGUGGUGCGCCAAUCAAAGACCAGAUCGCCGAGCUGAAACGAGGAGCAGAGAUCGUCGUUUGCACACCUGGCAGAAUGAUUGAUCUUCUAGCUGCUAAUUCUGGGCGGGUCACAAAUUUGCGACGAGUCACUUAUGUGGUACUCGACGAGGCUGAUCGAAUGUUUGAUAUGGGAUUUGAGCCACAGGUUAUGAAGAUCAUGGCGAAUAUUCGACCCACCAGGCAGACUGUAUUGUUCUCUGCUACAUUCCCUCGUAAUAUGGAAGCUCUGGCACGGAAGACUUUGACCAAGCCAGUGGAAAUCAUCGUUGGUGGCAGGAGUGUGGUUGCACCUGAGAUCACACAGAUUGUUGAAGUUCGCAACGAGAGCAGCAAGUUUCUGCGACUUCUAGAACUUCUCGGCAAUUUGUACUCUGACGAAGCCAAUGAAGAUUCUCGAACGCUCAUCUUUGUCGAUCGCCAGGAAGCUGCGGAUAGCCUACUGCGCGAAUUGAUGCGCAAGGGCUAUCCUUGCAUGUCCAUUCAUGGAGGUAAAGAUCAAAUUGAUCGCGACUCUACUAUUGAGGAUUUCAAGGCUGGCGUCUUUCCGGUUUUGGUUGCGACAUCAGUUGCUGCUCGUGGUUUGGAUGUGAAACAAUUGAAACUGGUUGUCAAUUACGAUGCACCAAAUCAUUUGGAAGACUAUGUUCAUCGAGCCGGACGAACGGGACGUGCUGGAAACACAGGAACGGCGGUAACUUUCUUGACUGAGGAUCAAGAACGAUAUUCAGUGGAUAUUGCUAAGGCACUCAAACAAAGUGGCCAGGAAGUCCCAGCCCCGGUACAGAAACUGGUUGAUUCAUUCUUGGAGAAGGUCAAAGCCGGUAAAGAGAAAGCUUCUGCAUCUGGCUUCGGGGGGAAAGGAUUGGAACGUCUGGAUCAGGAGAGAGACGCGGCACGGAAUCGCGAACGCAAGACGUACCGUACCGGCGAGGAGGGCGAAGAGGAAGAGCGUGAAGAAACGAAAGAGAAGAAAGGCGAAGAUCAAUUCGCCAAGGCUGCUUCCGCUAUUCAAUCCGCUACUGCUGCUGCUGUUACUCCCAUGCCAGGUGUUCCGAAGGGCAUCGACCUGGACGGCAAGAUCACAGUUCACAAAACUGAGAAACCAGCUGCUGGAAAGCCGUCAAAUGAUCCUCUGGACAAGGUUGGUUCAGCUGUUGCAGAUAUCCAUGCACGCCUGAACCGUGCUGGAGUGAUGAGAACCGGUGUUCCGAUUGACAACAAGGGACCUGAUGCAGGAGCAUUCCAUGCGACUCUUGAAAUCAACGACUUUCCUCAAAAAGCACGUUGGGCCGUCACCAACCGUACCAAUGUCGCCAAGAUCCUUGAAGCAACCGGCACUUCCAUCACUACCAAAGGAAGCUACUAUCCUGCGGGCAAGGAGCCAGGGCCUGGCGAAAACCCUAAACUAUACAUUCUUGUUGAAGGUGAUACGGAGCUGGUCGUAACGAAUGCUAUGCGAGAAUUGAUGCGGUUGCUGAAAGAAGGUACAAUUGCAGCGGCGGAUAGUGAAGCUAGGGCACCGACUAGUGGACGGUAUAAUGUUGUCUGA